AUGGACUUCUCAGGCUGCCAAGAUGACGCCUCAUUCGGGCCUGCGGUUCACGGCUGCCCCCACAGAGAUUUCGAUUUUACCUUGAAAUUCGAAUCAAUAUUUUUUUCAAUACUUCCUGCGGCAGCUUUCAUUAUACUUGCAGCCAUUCGUCUUGUCUGGCUGAGUCAGGAGUCGGUCAUUGCAAAAGGUCGUGCAUUUCAGUUUACGAAACUUGCUUUCAUUGCGCUUUGCGUUGCAUUGCGUUUCUCUUCAUUUGUUCUGAGCAUUGUCUGGCGUGGCAAGCAAGCUGCUCUCUUCAUAUCAUCUGCUACAUUGGAGGUGAUUGCCAUCUCAUUGGUGCUUCCUCUGUCCUUUUGGGAACACGCUAGAUCUUUGCGACCGUCCUUCUUGUUAAGCGGCUACUUGUCUCUUUCUCUGCUCCUGGAUAUUGCACGAGCUCGGUCAUUCUGGUUAGUGGCUGUGAAUCGCUCCGAGGAUGCGUUUGCAGCCGUCUUCACAGCCUCCGUCGCCGCCAAGGUUGUUGUAUUUAUAGCAGAGUCAUAUGCCAAGACGAGAUGGAUCGAAGGGGGCUCAAGCAGUCGUAGCCCAGAAGAGACAACGGGAUUCUUUGGACUGGCCAUCUUCAGCUGGCUCUGGAAACUCUUUGCCCGUGGCCGCAGCAAGGUGUUGAACUUGGAUGACCUACUCCCUCUCGACCAGCACAUGGCUAGUGAAGUCUUGCGGAAAAAACUCUUGGCCUCAAUAGAGGCAUCUCCAACUCGAGGGCAGAAAAACGGGCUUGCGAAAGCUCUCGCCAAGUCUCUAUCAGGGGCUCUGUUGCUUCCCGUCGUGCCAAGAAUCGCCCUUUCGGCUUUCAAAUUCGGCCAACCGUUUCUCAUCAAUUCGCUGCUCUCGUAUCUUCAGAUACCGGCAUCUGAGAGGCCAGUCAACUCUAGCUAUGGAUUGAUUGGGGCCGUUUUUCUAGUCUACUUGGGCAUUGCCGUUUCAACUUCGUUUUACUAUUACCUGCGUGAACGGGCUAUCUGGAUGGCGCGUGGUGCGCUGGCGAGUGUCGUCUACGAGCAUACAACGCGAUCCAAACUGUCAGUGACCAGUGAUUCCGCUGUACUUACACUUAUGAGUACGGAUAUCGAGCGUACUAGAAUUGGCCUGAUGGUUAUUCAUGAAUUCUGGGCAAGUAUCCUGGAGAGUGGCAUCGCGCUGUGGCUGCUGUACAGAGAGCUGGGGGCAGCCUUUGUCGCACCUGUUGGUGUUGCCGUUGUCUGCAUUCUUUGCAUCACAGUCGUGAGCCGUUUCAGUGGCCCGAGACAGAAUGUUUGGAUGCAGAAGAUACAAGAAAGGGUUGGUGCCCUGUCUCAUAUAGUCGCAAACAUGAAGACCUUUAAGAUCGCCGGCUUAACGGAUGCAGCCGAGGCACUGCUCCAACGUCUGCGUGAGGUGGAGGUUGGCGCUGGCAGCAGUUGGCGAAUGACCAUUAUCAUGGCCGCUGUAGUUGGCUUCGCUCCCUCCAUGCUCAGCCCUCUCAUUACAUUUGCCGUGACAGCGCGGACUCUUGAUGCCACCCGCAUCUUCACCGCGCUGUCAUUUCUAGUCCUGCUCACGGAGCCUCUAUCGCAGUUAUUCCAAUACGUGCCUCCGCUUCUAGCUGCUUUUGCUUGCCUUGCACGUAUCCAGGUUUUCCUAGAGAAAGAGUGCCGCGUCGACUUUCGUGAAGACGCUGGUACAAUCCAACCAUCAAAGGAGCUUGAAACAGAUUCGACUGAAAAGAAUGACACCAUCAUACGAAUCACCAAAGGAGAUUUCGGUUGGGAAGACAAGAAGCCUAUUCUGUCAAACAUUGCUCUCGAUAUUCCCGCUCGCUCUCUCACCAUCGUGAUUGGACCUACUGCGUGCGGCAAGUCAACUCUCCUCAAGGUCCUUCUGGGUGAGACGCCUCUUCAUAGUGGUCGCGUGCUUAUGGGAUCUGCAACCCGUGGCAUCGGCUUUUGUGACCAAACUCCUUUUUUAACCAACGCAAGUGUGAGGGAUAACAUCAUUGGAUAUACACCGUUUGACCAGGCCAGAUACGAUGAAGUUCUCGAAGCGACGAUGCUUCUUCCAGACAUUGCAACUUUCCCGCAAGGCGAUCUCACAAAAGUAGGAAGUGGUGGUGUGACACUAAGUGGCGGGCAAAAGCAAAGAGUAUCAAUGGCACGCGCCCUAUACUCAAAUUCAAGCUUAUUCCUGUUCGACGAUACGCUUAGCGGCUUGGAUGCGGACACGGAAGAGCAAGUUUUUCGACGGGUUUUCUCUGCUGAUGGCAUCAUUCGCCGUCGAAACGCUACAGCAGUUCUAUGUACACACUCUGUACGACACUUGCCAUCUGCAGAUCAUGUUAUUGCGCUUAGCCAGGAUGGUCUGAUAUCUGAGCAGGGCACUUUUGAGGACCUCGACGCCCUUGGCGGUUACGUCCAUAGCCUGAAAGUAAAAGCUGUCAACAAAUCCGACGACAGUUUGACCUUGGAUUCCUCUGAUAGUACCCCCGAGGAUGAUGACAUCGAGAAGUCGACUGGUUCCAAGGCCCGGAAGCCCCCGGCAGCAAUGUGGACUGCAGCAGAUGAGCGCAGCAGACAAACCGGAGACAUGUCUGUGUAUAAACAUUAUGCUAUGAGUAUGAAGCUAUCGACGCUUAUUUCAUUCUUCAUAGUUGGUGUAGCUUUGGCCUUCUUGUACAACUUCCCACAGAUCUGGUUGAACUAUUGGUCUGCCGACAUAUCGUCUUCUCACAGGGCUCACUCUCAGGCAUAUUGGGUUGGCAUCUAUGCCCUAUUUCUAAUUCUAUGCUUAAUAUGCAUAGGUAUUGUUUGUGGCAUUGUGUUCAUCUCCAUGACCACCCAGUCCGGAAUUACGCUUCAUCAUCAAACAUUGCGUUCUGUCAUGGCCGCUCCCCUGCGUUUCUUCACAAAUGUAGAUGCCGGCAUUGUGACGAACCUCUUCUCUCAAGAUAUUUCUCUUGUAGAUAUAGAGCUCCCACAGGCCCUUCUCAAUGCUACAGUGGAGCUAUUCAUUUCCAUUGGAAUGUCUGUGGUUGUUGCUACGGCCUCGCCUUAUAUCGCCGCCAGCUAUCCCUUGUUCGCUGCAUUGGUGUGGAUGGUUCAAAGAUUUUACCUGCCGACAUCUCGGCAGCUUCGUUUGUUGGAUCUGGAAGCCAAAAGUCCUUUAUACACCCAUUUUACAGACACGGUUGCGGGCGUGGCAACUCUCCGUGCCUUUGACUGGACGCAAAAGAGCCUGGAUUUCAAUCUGGAACUCCUAGAUAGCUCUCAACGUCCCGCAUAUCUCCUUGCUAUGGUCCAGCACUGCCUUAGCUUCAUUCUUUCCUCUGUUGUGACAGUGUUGGCCACACUGGUGGUAGUCCUCGCCACCCAGGUCAAGGCAAUCACGGGCCCCGGUUUAACUGGAGCCUCAAUGGUGACUCUAAUGUCACUUGGAAACUAUGUCUCGCAGCUGAUUCUUAUGUAUACCCUUCUGGAGAUAUCCCUUGGAGCUGUCAGCCGAUUAAAGUCCUUUCGCGACACGGUUUUGCCGGAGAGUACUCCUGAAGAGGAUGCGGUAUUGCCAUCGCUAUGGCCUUGGCGUGGAGAGGUGGAUAUUCAGGAUGUGUCAGCUUCUUAUAGUGACCCUGGUCAGCCAACCGAAUCAGGGAACUCGGAUUUGGACUCUUCAGAUUUGGUCUUGAAGAAUAUCAAUAUGAGCAUUUUGCCCGGCGAGAAGAUUGCCAUUUGUGGCCGUAGUGGAAGUGGCAAAUCCUCUUUACUUCUCUUGUUGCUCCGCCUGUUCGAUCCUCUGCCUGGGUCUGCCGAUGGAAUCACCAUCGAUGGAAUACCGCUGCGUCGAGUCGACCGGUCUUCCCUGCGACAACGAGUCAUCGCUGUGCCGCAAGACUCCGUCUUCUUUCCUGACGGUCACUCCUUCAAGACAAACCUCGAUCCAUCCAAUCUAUCAACUGAGAGCGACUGCAAAGAGGUGCUUGGUGCAGUGGGACUUUGGCAGGUUGUGGAAGACAAUGGUGGGCUAGACGCCAGUUUGUCUACUAACAUGCUCUCUCAUGGCCAAAGACAGCUGUUUGGCUUAGCCCGCGCAAUGCUCCGACAACGUCUUCGCAGCGAUGUUGGCGGUCUGUUGUUACUUGACGAGGUGGGCUCCUCUGUGGAUAAGGAUACCGAGCGCACAAUGCAAGCUCUCAUCAGCCAGGAAUUUGCAGGAUACACCACUAUCAUGAUAUCCCACCGACUGGAUGCCGUGAUGGAUUUUGACCGCGUACUUGUCAUGGAUCGCGGGCAAAUCGUCGAGUCUGGACGUCCUCGCGAGUUGGUCCAGCAAGAAAGCAGCAUGUUUAAAAAUCUUUGGGCCAUAAGCGGAGGGCGCUCAUAG